AUGAAAGGACGUCCCACAUUGGCUGGUGGCGGAUCAGUGGCCAAAGUCGUGGAGACGGAGGACCACAAGCAGGUCACAAUGAUCAUCGUAGGCGCGGGACAGCGUGGGCAGACCUACGCCCGAUAUGCACUCGAGCACCCUACUUUGUCCAAAGUGGUUGGAGUCGCUGAACCGAGACCACACAGGAGAAACCUCAUGAAGAAGACGUACAACCUACCAGAUGACAUGGUCGUUGCUGAUUGGGAGGAGCUGCUCGCCAAAGGUCGCGUAGCUGAUGCGGUAGUCAUCGGGACAUUGGACCAAAUGCACGCCCCUCAGGUCGCUGCAUUUUCUAAGUUGGGCUAUGACAUCCUCUGCGAGAAGCCCAUGGCAGUUUCAAUUGCCGACUGUGUCAAGAUGACCAAAGAGGUCAAAGAUGCGGGUAGCAUCUUUGGAGUGGGGCAUGUGCUGCGAUACAGUCCAUUCAAUCAGGCGGUUAAGAAAAUCAUCGAUUCCGGUGCUCUAGGAGACAUUGUCAACAUACAACAUAUCGAGCCAGUCGGAGAUGAACACUUUGCACACAGUUUCGUCCGAGGCAAUUGGCACAAGGAAUCUGAUACUUCUUUCGCCCUCAUGACCAAAUGUUGUCACGACAUUGACAUCGUUUCGUUCUACCUCUCUGGUCUGGUGCCGAAGCGCGUCUCCUCCUUCGGAUCCUUGUUCCAAUUCAACAAAGCCAAGAAGCCAAAGGAAGCUGGGAACGCGAGGCGAUGCUUGGACUGCGCGUACGAGCCCAAAUGUACUUGGAGUGCCAAGAAAAUAUACCUUCAGCCGCUAACAACGGACGAUCAACACUGGGCCAAGCUCUUCGUCGAUGCGGAUGUGUUGGACAUUGAGAAUGUCACGGAUGCGCUUAACAAGACGAAUUAUGGAAGUUGUGUAUAUGAGACGGAUAAUGAUGUGGUCGAUCAUCAAGUCGUCAAUGUCGAGUAUGACGGGGGAGUUACGGCCAACAUCACCAUGUCCGCUUUCACUGAAGCUGAAUGCGAGCGAAGUACCAGGAUUCACGGGACCAAGGGAGAGCUCAUCGGCGACAUGACCAGCUUUACCGUCUUUGAUUUCCUCACGCGUACCAAGACGGUUCACAACCCUCCUCUUCAGGGAGGAUAUCACGGAGGAGGAGAUAUCGGUCUCUCCAAAGCCUUUGUCGAAGCUGUUGCUCGGAAAGAUCAGAGCAAGCUCGGCGUCACCCCAGACGAGGUUCUAAACAGCCACUUGCUGGUAUUUGCCGGAGAGACAGCGAGAAAACAGGGCACAGUGGUCAAUUUCGAGGAAUUCAAGAAGGAAGCUUUGGCCAGUAAGGCCUGA